AUGGUUGACGGGACACCGCAGCGGCAUUAAGAGAACCCGUGGGGGGUGCUGUGGUGUAAUGGCGGCAGAGGGCUGAUGAAAACAUCAGAGAUGCCAGUUUAGUGGAUAAGAGGAAACAUUUGGUGAUUGGAAAGGAUUAUAGGAUUACUGACACAGAUGACUGACUCUCUCACGUCAUCAUCAUUCUGUCUCCCUCCCCCGCUCCAGGGCAUCUGUUUUUGUCUCUGUGACAUGCACUCUGGGACGCUUUUUGCACCGAAGAGGAGUUCUUUCCGAGCAAAGGUGCCACAAUGCUGACUUCGUGUAAACAUCAAGUGAAGUGCACUUAAAUACUCACAUGAGAGGUUCCUGGUCUCUCCAAGAAGCAUGAGUCCCCUGUUCUUUAUCCUUCUUGGACUCCUUCUCACAUUUUGUCCACCUCCUUAUCUUUUCCCCUCCGUGGCGUGUUUGCGACUGUGCCCUCGUCAGUGCCUUUGUCACGAACACACUGACCUGGUGGACUGUAACAGCCAGGGCCUCGAGCACGUUCCCAGGGGUCUCCCACACGGCACCUGGCUGCUUGAGCUGGGAGGCAACAACCUGAGCGAGAUUUGCACCCGGGCCUUCAGUGGGCUGUGGUCCUUACGAGUGUUAUUGUUGGCCCACAGUCAGAUACGGGACAUUCAGCCACAGGCGUUCUUCUCACUGUCCUACCUGGAGAAGUUGGAUCUCAGCUGGAACCAGCUCACGAGCCUCCCUGCUGACUUCUCCACAAGUCUGUCUGCUGUCAGGAAUCUGCGACUUCAACACAACCGCCUAUGUCAUCUGUCUGCAUUCAGCUUUGAGUACCUGGACAACAUGGAGAAACUGGACCUCAGUCAUAACUGUUUAGUGUCAGUUGGCCCCGGUGUGUUCAGGGGCCUCUCGAGACUCAGACAACUCUACAUGCACAACAACAGACUGGCUGUCCUGCAACAAGGGAGCCUUGACAUGAUGCCUGCACUCGAGGUGCUCCAGCUGAGUCAGAACAACAUCUCUCAGAUCGACACCAAUGCUCUGGCGUCUCUCUACAGCCUGGCAGUUCUCGCCCUGGGGGGAAACAACCUGCGUCACUUGAAAUUCAAAACCUUGCUCAGUCUGCACACAACUGCUACACACAUCCAACUGGCAGGUAACCCCUGGAGCUGCGACUGCGACCUGCACCGCGUCUUCAGCAAGAUCCUGCACGUCCGUCAUCUCCACGUCGACGACUACUCCAACGUGACCUGCCACGACCCGCCGCAGCUGUCUGGGGCUUCACUGGCUUGGGUGGACAGCCGGCUGUGCAUCGCAGAAACCGCCACCGUGCUCGUCAUCACCGUCACCGUGCUGGUCACGGUGGUGGCGGCCGUGGUCAUGGCGGAAAGGAACAGGAAGAGGAACAACGGCAAGAGUUGGGACACGGAGCCCCAGAACCAAAGUCACAGUCCUCCAUCAUGAGAAGAUCAAGAUAAUAAUACUGCAAUACUGCUACUCAUGUACUACAAACCAAUAUUGUAUUCAAUAUUCUAUAUACAAAGAAUCUCCAUUACGCUGAUCGCAGGCUACCGGUCGAUCGUGGAGGGCGUGUCAGUCGAUUGCCAGCCAAGCAUUAAAAAAAAAUAGACCUAAAAAGUAGCGAUCAUCAUUAUUCACUAAGACAUCGCUCGAUUGACAUUCACGGCACCUGAGGAUCCUGUGAGAUGACGCUGGCUGCUGCGACAUUAUUAAGAAAAAAUGACCGACAGGAAGGCGAGAAACACUUUUUUUAUUCACUCUCGCGCCGUACCUGCUGUCAAAACUCUAGAGACCGACUGCACGGUUCCUGUCUUCACAAUAAAAGCCCUGCCUCAUCCUACCUGCGCUAACAAAAUAAGAGUCUCAGAAAGCAGAAAGCUGGCGUGUACAAGCUAACAAGCUGCGGAGUUUUCUGCCAAUGUAUUUCUUGUAAAGGGUAUAAAAACAAAUAUGGAAGCUGGACUAAAAAGAUGCCAAAAACCAAACAUUUUCAUGUGGUUUUGGACAAAGGAGGAUUUUUUUUCUCCUUCAUUCAAAAAUGUGGACAUUGUCAACACUGUCUGAUUCCAAUCAAUGCAAGUCAUCAGAAUCAGGUAAUACACCAACUUAUAUUCUUGUCUUCAUGAAAGAAAGGAAUCUAUAUGUGUUAAACAUGCUUGUAUUAUCAUUAAACACUUAACUUGUUAACAAAAAUGUCUCUUCC